AUGAACUUCAACUUGGCACCAUCUUCCAGCAAUGAACUUCAAGCUGAAGGUUCAUAUGUGUUCCCCUCCACACUUCCUCAACGCCCUUAUAAUCUUUCCGCUGUUGGGACUCCCAGCACUCCCAGCCAUCAUUCAAGUUCUCCUCCAAGCUCUCCGUCAUUAGUUUCUACAAUGGGAUCAGAUUCAAAUAUGAAAAUAACAGCAGCAGACACUACAUCAGAUGCAGAUGAUGAUAUGUUUCCUCUAACGCCUAAUUCCAAGAGUUCAUUCAGUGUCGCCAACAAUCCGUCUAAUGGAGCUGGACCGCAUAACUCAUGUUGUUCUCCUGAGAGCGAACACCAUGAUUUUGUUGCUAACAGUCCGUCUAACGGAGCUAGGCUGCAAACUCUAAGUCCUCCUGAGAACGGACACGGCGAUCCUCCUCAUUACAACACCACGUUCUUUGAAGACCAAAAUCUUUUUGAUCAAUUAUCCGGUAGAUCUGUCACUUUCAACGAUGCAUCAGAAGUCAUCAGCGAGAAGGUUAACGAUGUGUAUGCCAAGAUUCUGGGAGAGCUUAGCACAACCUCUCUCCAAUACGUUAUUCAAUACAUGGAAGCCGUUCGUGAAUGCCACUGCAUGCUCUACCACGCUGCAUGUUGGGAAGUCUUGGAAUAUGCAAGGUGGGAAGCUCUCGCCCGCUCCAUGCGUGAAAAUUCAAAAAUAGACUUCUUGAAGGCAGAGCAGGAAGUACGGUUUCUACUGGAAAUCUUUGGCCGAUGUGACCUGGCAUUGUCUUGUCAUCCUGUCACAAGUAGGAAUUAUCCUGCUGAUGCCCGCGACAGGAGCAAGGCUUCUAUCUGUCGAACCAAUGCUAUACUCGACAUACUAAAUGGUGCUAAAGAGAUGCGUGCUGUGGAUGACUGGUGCAACUUGAAAGGCGUCCAAGUGCUAGUCAGCUCCAAGUGCCAUGCGCUUUCUCAAAACGCUUUGGAUAGCCGUGCUCUGGGCUGCUCCUGGGAGAGAACCAUGGACAAUCGAGGGCUCAGUAGGCACCGCGCAUCUUGUCAUUUUUUCAAGAAAGCCAGCAGUCUGGCGAGUUGGAAGCGACAAAAUCGUGCAAAGGAGGCGUUUAUGAACUCUUCCAAAGCAAACACCUCCCAGUCAGCCGCUGUUCUCUCAACUUUGGCAGGGGGUUGGAAUGUCAGUCAUCGGACAUGUAACUCCUCGGGUCAAUUUCUAUGGCUUGCGGUUUAUGCAGUGCGUCCAGUCUUGUAG